ACCCAAAGAAUAAAAGUGUUAAAAGGCAUAAAACCCAUAUCCCACUCUGUCUGCGACUCUUCGGUUUGGUUUCCGUAAACCCCUGUUCCUCGUCCUUGUCUGCACACAAACAACAGACAAUGGCACCUCUGCAGCAUUCUUGCCUUUAGUUGAAAGCGCCCAACAAACGGUGUUUGAGGUUUUUCCUCCUGAGGCAGAACAGGAGCUUUGAAAACUGGAUGUUCAAUUCCUUUGUGCUGCGGACGUGAAGAUCUUGUGGAGAUUUGAUUGGGAAUAGAAUUCUGAUGAUGAGUUCGGUGGUUGGAGCACAAGGAUUGGCUAUCACAUAGUGGGACUGUAGCAGAUUAGAGGUUGAUACGAUAGAAAGAAGAAAACUUUGGGGGAUGCCUCUUCUGUCAUAUGAAACUCAUAUUUCAAACAUUUUAGAGAGUGAAUCAGCGUGUUACUGUGGUACUUGGAAGCAACGGACACCAGAUAUUAGUGAGGUGGUUUCAGAUGUGUACAAAAUGCGAUGAUCAUUGCAGCUGCAGAAGAGCUCAACCAAUCUCUGAGAGAAACAAGAAUUUUGAUGAUUCCCGCCCCUUGAUUUUUCCAAGAAGCUCUUCCCAGCUUUCAGCAGUCACCAUGUCAGAAAGUUCUGCACCUAAUCUCGUUUAUAAAAGGAGGAAGUUACAAGGAAACCGUGUCACCGUGUUUCCAGGAGAGCGAGAAAACACUAUAAGUGGUGAUUUUUUUUCUUUUCUAAAUUCUGAAGCUUCUACAGUUGCUGCUAAGGAAGAACUUGUAUCUCAAUUACACCAUGAAACUGAAGCUACUCGAGCUCAUUCUGUAGCUCCUCGUUUAUGCAAGAGAGUUGGUCAUGUUUUAAAUUCAGAAUCUUGUAAUGGAUGUUCUGCUGGUGAGGAAUUAAUUUUCAAUGAAGCACCUAAAAAUAACGUGCAAAAGCUUUUAGAGGUAAGCAGCGUGAAUGAUAGUUGCUCAUCAUCAAAGUCAAAUAUGGAGCAUGUUUCAACUUCCGCAAAGACUGAAGUAGAUGAAACAGCUGAGUGCUCCUCUUCUAGUGCAAUAGUUAUGGAGGCUGUGGGAGACCUGUCUGAAAGGGAUCUAUGCAUCUCUAUUCUUAGAAGCCAUGGACUGCUUGGGGAUUCUCAGGUUACCAUGAUCGGUGGUUCUGCUGAAGACACUGACACCAUUAGCAGUGAAAUCCAUCGCCGGUCAUGCAAAAUUUGUAGUCGUUCUGGAACCACUUUGAAAAUGCUAAUUUGUGAUAAUUGUGAAGAGGCAUUUCACAUGUCAUGCUGCCACUCCCGUAUGAAGAAACCACCUAUUGAUGAAUGGUUCUGUCAUUCUUGUUUGAAAAAGAAACAUAAGAUUUUACAGGAGAAAGUGACAUCGCCCAAUAUCACGAGUGUCAUGAGUAGGGAAGCAUCAUCCAAGGGCCAAAUGAAUCCCAUAAUCUUAAUGUUGAGAGACAUUGAGCCGUAUACAACUAGUGUUCGGGUUGGUAAAGGGUUUCAAGCGGAAGUUCCUGACUGGUCUGGCCCAACAAAUGGUGAUAUCAGUGGCAUUGGUGAACCUUUGGAACUAGAUUCGUCGGAGUAUGCUAGAUUGCAUGGGCUGAACUGCAAUAAACCUUCUAGACAUAGCUCUAUAGGUAAUUGGCUUCAAUGUGGAGAAAUUGUAGAUCGCGCAAAUGGAACUAUAUGUGGAAAAUGGCGCAGGGCUCCUCUUUUUGAAGUCCAAACUAAUGACUGGGAGUGCUUCUGCUCUAUCCUUUGGGAUCCAAGCCAUGCUGAUUGUAAUGUGCUUCAGGAACUGGAAACGGAUCAAGUUCUAAAGCAACUGAAGUAUAUUGAGACGCUGAGGCCGCGGUUAUCUGCUAAACAGCAUACUUUGGAUGGAACCAAGAGUGCCGGUGAAUUGAAGAAGCCCAUAGUAGGUACAAAAAGUAUACAAACUCUAUGAUAUGGUGAGAAGUGGUGUAAAAGCGUGUAUAGAACCUGGCUCGUCAGUCAUUGAACAUCUUAUAUAUCAAAUCGAGUUAGAAAUUUUGACCACA